UCAAACAAAAAUAUUCUCGGAAGCUCUGGCUUUUCGUGCGCUUUCGGUUGAUUAAGUUGUCCGUUUGUUUCUUCCAGUGACUCUUUCGGAAGAGCAUCUUUUGAUCAGAGAGAAGAAGAAAGUCAUAAUGAGUCUAGCACUGCAGAGUCGGCUGCAAUUGCGGUCUGCGGUUUCCGCAUUGUCUGCGUUCCGGUCGUCGAUAAUAUCCCAGUUCAGCAGGCCGACGGCGACUCAGAAAGCGGGAAUCAUAAUUCCUACAUACAAAAAGAAAGUCCGUCGCAAGAUCCCCGUCUCACCACCAUCGCUGCUCCCCAAAAAUACUCACCCGAUCAUAUACCUGACCAACAAGAUGAAGGAAGAACUCGACCCGACCGGCUGGCGCCGAAAGCUCUUUGAACGCAGCAGCGGCAUCUGCGUGCGUCCGGGAGACGUCAUCCGCGUCAUCUUCAAAGACGACACGCGCAACCCGUUCACGGGCACAAUCAUGGGCAUCAAGCGCGCGGGCCUGGCCACGAGCGUCAGAGUGAGAUCCGAGGUCGCGCAGAUUGGUGUCGAGCUCAGCGUGAAGGUGUACAGUCCUUCGGUUGAGAAUUUCGAGUUUAUCAGUCGUGCGACGAAGAGGGCGAGAAGAGCGAAGCUGUACUAUUUGCGUCCGGACGAGCGCAAGUAGAGAGUGGGAUUUGUCUACUGAUAUUCUUCUUGUUUAUUUGUACGUCUUGUUGUAUAUAUCCAGUCUUGUAAUGUAAGGGCUGUUCAAAUAUUACAUUCUGCAUCUCAUAGAUAUUGGGUAUUAAAUUGCUGUCGCUACGUAUUGCGAAUGAUAAAAUGACUCGAGAAUCACCGUCGACCAGGGGAAGCACCUGCAUCACCUAAAGUCAGCUCACCAAAACCU